GCUGCGAUGAGCUCUGAGGACCUUUCCUCCCUACUUGAGGACAGAUGGAUCUGACAGCGGAGCGCAACUACAGAGGAAGCUUUUGACCUUUCUCUAUCUCCUGAAGAAGGGUUACUUCGUCUCUUUUUUCCUUUAAAAAAACACUUUUUAUUCUGCUUUUGACCACAAUACCAAAUGGAUAUGUACGCCUCCACUUUAUCACCAGCGCUGGACAUCGGCACAGGCUGUUAUCUGUUGAUUAUAGCCGUUCUCUCCAUCGCUGGAAACCUGCUGGUCAUCAUCAUGGCAAUCAAAAAAUCAUCCAGGAUGAAACCGCCAGAGCUGCUGAGCGUGAAUCUGGCGGUAACAGAUCUGGGAGCAGUUAUCACCAUGUACCCUCUAGCUGUGGCGUCUGCCUGGAGCCACCGAUGGCUCGGGGGAGACACUACCUGUUUAUAUUAUGGCCUGGUCGGGUUCUUCUUUGGUGUUGCCAGCAUCAUGAACCUGACCAUCUUGGCCAUAGUGCGGUUUGUUGUGUCCCUCAACCUGACAUCUCCCAGAGAGAAAAUCAGCAAGAAGACGGUGAAGAUACUGUGCAUGUGGAUCUGGCUGUACGCUCUUAUCUGGGCCAUGUUCCCUAUUCUGGGCUGGGGACGGUACGGCCCGGAACCCUUCGGUCUGUCCUGCUCUCUCGCCUGGGGACAAAUGAAAACAGAGGGCUUCUCUUUUGUCAUCUCCAUGUUCACAUUGAACCUCAUCACCCCUUCUUUCAUCAUCUUCGGCUGCUACUUUGGCAUCGCCAUCAACCUCUUUUACGCGGGCAAAAAGUCAAUCAGCAACAGAAAACGAAUCCCCAAUAUCGUCAAGCUUCAUCGGAGGCUGUUAGUAAUUGCUGUGAUGGUCAGCAUAGGCUUCAUAGGAUGCUGGGCGCCCUAUGGCCUGGUGAGCAUGUGGUCUAUUUUCCGUGACAGCAGCACCAUUCCCCCUGAAGUCAGUCUCCUGCCGUGCAUGUUCGCAAAGAGCUCCACUGUGUACAAUCCUCUGAUCUAUUACCUGUUCAGCCAGCGCUUCAAAAGAGAGGUGAAGAAUUUGUGCUGGCAUUGCCUGGGAUCCAACACAUGCAGCGUCUCAAACAGCAUCAAUGACAACAGCAUCUAUAUGGUUAGCAUGGACAUGAAGCACAAAACAGAAGUCACAACAUCGUUGCAGUCAUCAUAGAGAACAAGCCAGUGACUCUGGUUUUUUUGGGACUUUUUUGUUGCUUGAGAGUAAAGAUUUUACUCUUUAACAAAGACUGUUGUGCUGUACACUAUCAGGAUAGAUAGUACUGUCAUCACAAAACAAGCAAGGUAUCAACAGCCUCCUUUGUGUGUGGCACUGUGAAUCAUCAGACGGCAUGUUUGCACAUAUGUUAAAUGCUGUGAAAGUGAAGUUUAAGAUAAGGGUUAAAUCU